GGAGGGCGGGGCAGACCGAUGUAGGUACUAAGAGGUGCUACGCAUGGGCGGAGUGUGUCGUUGGUGUUUGACGUUACUCGCGACCCGUGAAGACGGUAACCAGGCCCAGAAUCUUGACUUCGGCGUUUGGGACAAGCUAAGCUCUCGUUCUCGAGCCCGUUUUCCCUGAGUCUCGCGAGAUCGGCGAACUGACCAGAAAGCCGGUAUCGCCUAGGCGCGCGACCGGGCCCUCAGACCCCCCAGGACCUGGAGUCACCCACUCUGGACCUCAGCAGCUAUGGAUGAGGACCUGGUUUUGGCACUACAGCUUCAGGAGGAGUGGAACUUGCAGGUCUCGGAGCGCGAACCGGCCCAGGAGCCCCUGUCGCUGGUGGACGCGUCUUGGGAGUUGGUGGACCCCACCCCUGACUUACAGGCCCUGUUUGUUCUGUUCAACGACCGUUUCUUCUGGGGCCAACUGGAGGCGGUCGAGGUGAAGUGGAGCGUGCGGAUGACGCUGUGUGCUGGGAUAUGCAGCUAUGAAGGGAGGGGUGGAAUGUGUUCCAUCCGUCUCAGUGAACCCCUUUUAAAGCUGAGACCAAGAAAAGAUCUUGUGGAGACCCUCUUGCAUGAAAUGAUACAUGCCUAUUUAUUUGUCACUAAUAACGAUAAAGAUCGGGAAGGGCAUGGUCCAGAGUUUUGUAAGCAUAUGCAUCGCAUCAAUCGUCUGACAGGAGCCAAUAUAACGGUGUACCAUACUUUCCACGAAGAGGUGGACGAGUACCGUCGACACUGGUGGCGCUGCAAUGGGCCGUGUCAGAACAGUAAGCCAUAUUACGGCUAUGUGAAGCGUGCCACCAACAGGGCCCCCUCCGCCCAUGACUACUGGUGGGCUGAACACCAGAAAACCUGUGGAGGCACUUACAUCAAAAUCAAGGAACCAGAGAACUACUCUAAAAAGGGCAAAGGAAAGACAAAACUGAGAAAGCAGCCAGGAUCAGAAGCAGAGAAUAAAGACAAACUGAACAGAGGGGAGAAACAGCUGUUAAUCCCCUUUACUGGGAAAGGUUAUGUCCUAGGGGAAACCAGCAAUUUUUCAUCUGGGAAAUGUAUCACUUCACAUGCUAUUAAUGAAACUCAAGAGCCUUUAAGUCAAAACAAUUCAGCAAAUGCCCUGAGACCUCAUUCUAAAACUGAGGUGAAAUUUGAACAGAAUGGUCCAAGUAAAAAGACUUCCGUAGCAUCCCCUGUUCUCAGUACCAGUCAUCAAAAUGUCUUAAGCAACUACUUCUCUAAAGUAUCCGUUGCCAGCAACAAGGCUUUCAGAAGUGUGAGUGGGUCUCCAGCGAAGAGUCUCACAGUGGGCGACAGCACUACAAAGUCAGUCUCUUCCGGUUCUCAAAGGAGGGUUACAUCUUCUAAGAUAUCGCUAAGAAAUUCCUUAAAAGCCAUGGAGUCGACAUCUGUCACUGCGCCCCAGGAUGCAAGUGGGCCUGAAGGUAAACUCCCAAGUAAACAACCCAGGCUAGUAGACAAGACUUUUUUUGACAACUUUUUUAUCAAGAAAGAGCAAACCCAGAGUGGUGGUAAUGAUCUGAAGAGUAGUUCACAUCCUCCAGCUGCAGCUCAGAAUCCCAGCAGUUCAUCUAGUCAGAGCAGAGUGGUUCACUGUCCUGUGUGUCAGGAUGAGGUUUCAGAGACACAGAUUAACGAGCACUUGGACUGGUGCCUUGAACGUGAUAGCACCCAAGUCAAAAGCUGAAACAAAUCUCUGAAAAAUGAAUGGGCCUCCAGUGUCUGCCUUUAUUGCCUCAGGAAUUUCUGAUUAAUAAGAUUUGCAGGUUAUAAUCUAGUUCAUCAAUAUUAAAUGUUCUACUUUAUAUAAACAUAUGAGAUUGUAAUUAAAAAAUAUUUUGCCUAGAGGUGCUAUAUACUCUUGUCUUACGUAC